ACUGUCGUUGUGUGACGCUAAAUUCACUGAAAACUUCAAAAAGGGGGAGGGGGGACACGAUGAUUUAUCUUCAAGUGUUAAGAAAAUCUUCGCAUAGUCGAUCGAGAAAGCAACUGUCGCAGCUUUUUUCAACAAUCUCUCAAAUAUCUACGCAACAAUCCAAGCCGCCAUCUUUUGGAAUUGCUUUCGAUUUAGACGGCGUCGUUUUGCGCGGCACCACUCCUAUUGGUGGCGCUCCGCGAGCACUUAGGAGAUUAUACGACGGUUCGGGUGCUCUGAAGGUUCCUUUUGUGUUUUUGACUAAUGGGGGCGGUGUUCAUGAAUCAAAAAGAGCUGCGGAGUUGUCAGAACUCCUGGGUGUAAAGAUUUCUUCAUCACAGGUCUUGCAGGGUCAUUCACCUUUUAAACAGCUGGUGACCAGGUUUGAGAAUGAACUAAUUGUUGCUGUUGGGAAAGGUGAACCUGCUGCUGUGAUGACUGAAUAUGGAUUUAAAAAUGUAAUUUCAAUAGAUGAGUAUGCACUGUGCUUUGACAACAUUGACCCACUGGCACCGCACAAGAAAUGGGGCACCAUGGAAGUUGCUGCCAACAGAACUAGAAAAUGCAGCAUUAGUUCUGAGAGAGUUCAGGCAGCAUUUGUCGUUAGUGAUUCUGUUGAUUGGAGCGGGGACAUUCAGGUUCUUUGUGAUAUUUUAAGAACUGGAGGUCUUCCUGCAAGUGAUGAAGGCCCUCAACCACCGAUGUAUUUUGCCCAUGAUGACCUUAAAUACCAGGGUGCUUUUCCUUCUGAACGUUUUGGCAUGGGAGCAUUCAGAAUUGCAAUGGAAUCCGUCUUCAAUAGCAUUCAUACUGAAGCUCUGAAGUAUACUUACUUUGGAAAGCCAAAUCCAGUUGCAUUUAAGAAUGCUGAAGUUGUGCUAACGCAACUAGCCUCAUUCCUGUAUCGUGAGAACCAUGUGAAUUCUGGAAGUCAUGACUUCCAGACUCUAUAUAUGAUAGGAGAUAAUCCUGUAGUCGACAUCAAAGGUGCUAGGCAGGCCGGAAAUCCUUGGUUUCCCAUUUUGACAAGGACUGGUGUUUUCAAGGGGGAUCAUGAUUCUAAUCAUCCCGAGUUCCCAGCCAAUCUGGUUGUUGACACUGUGGAAGACGCUGUGGAUUUUAUCAUGAGAAAUGAGCAUCAAAUCAUAGAUUAGCAGUUGAAUCAAACGGUAUUCAUCUACUCAACUUCAAUUCCAUCCAUUUCUUAUGUUGACUCGCGUUAAAGAAAGCCCGGGUCACAUUUUACAGUGAUCCACCUGAAACUCAAACCAUGCCCAUCGUUUUGCAUUGAUGCUUCCCUUAUUUCUUUAUUAGAAGUCA